GAGGCGUGACGCUAUCUCCCUGCGCCCGCGUUGGGGGCACGCGGUGCAUGCUGGUCCAGCAAGGCCGCGCGCGCUCGCUGGCCAUGGCGAGCGACUUCUACCUGCGCUACUACGUGGGGCACAAGGGCAAGUUCGGCCACGAGUUCCUCGAGUUCGAGUUCCGGCCGGACGGAAAACUGAGAUAUGCCAACAACAGUAAUUACAAAAAUGAUGUAAUGAUCAGAAAAGAGGCCUAUGUGCACAAGAGUGUGAUGGAGGAACUGAAGAGAAUAAUUGAUGACAGUGAAAUAACGAAAGAAGAUGAUGCUCUCUGGCCCCCUCCUGACAGAGUUGGUCGGCAGGAGCUUGAAAUUGUCAUCGGUGAUGAACACAUUUCUUUUACCACAUCAAAAAUCGGUUCACUUAUUGAUGUAAACCAAUCCAAGGAUCCAGAAGGAUUAAGAGUGUUUUACUACCUGGUCCAGGACCUUAAGUGUCUAGUCUUUAGUCUUAUUGGAUUACAUUUCAAGAUUAAGCCAAUUUAAAAAGUAUACCUUGAAAUUUGUAUUGUAGUAUGUGCAGAACACCCUCCAUUCCUUCUCACUUCUUGGUCUGAACUUUUAUGUAUGUUAGAACUUUUUUACAAACUGUAAGUGAAUGUCUUUAAUAAAGAUGGUCAGAUCUGUAUUUUUAAUUUAAAA